GUUGAUCACAAAGUAAAGUCCCCUCGAAAUGUUCACCAAAGCUCUGGUCCUUGUGCUCGUAGGCGUGGCCUUUGUCACGGCCACUCCGGUCAAACAGACGGAUGUCGAGAGCAAAGGCAUCCCCAAUGAGUACUUGGACAUCAUCAAUGAGCUGGACAUCGAGGACCAAGUAAAAUUCCAAGUACAGGCGCACGGCUUGAUAACAGCGAUCAUCCGAGAUAAGCUGAACCAGCUGGAGAGGAAGAUCGACGAAAUCGCGGAGAAGGCAAAGAUGGUCGUCGAGGAGCAAAAGGAGAUGUGGGAGGCUCGCAUCGAGGAGGCGAAGAAAAUCGGCCAGGAAAGGUACGAGCAGUUGUUGGAACGAGCCAGGGUGGCCAUCGGCCGGCUGGAGGAGGAGUUCAAGGCUAAAAUCGACGCCUUGCAGAUGAAGCUCAAGGAACUCAUCGACAAGCUCAGAAGGCUCGGUGGUAUACAGUAUUAUUGA